AUGAGGUUUGAAAUGGUUCCAUAUAUUGUAGAAUGUCCACUCCAUGUUGUCCCCCAAUCCUUUGGUUUUUCACUAUCAUCGUCCCUCUUUACCUCGUCUUCUUCGACGAGAAAUCACAAAAGGGACCAGAAAGUCUGUCGACUUGUCGUUUCUAAUCCGUUUUCAUCUGAAAACAUGCGACACUCUCAAACUUUCAACAGGAUUCUUUCCCGAGGGCAUACUGUUAAACGAUCUUGUUGUUCGAACUUGGGUUAUAUUUUUUUUGAAGAGUCAUCCGAUCAUGUAGAAGGAUUGACUGAAAAAUUUAACCUAUUGGAAGGGGAAGAGAGUGAAGGAGAUAGGAGUCACAGGCUACAUUGUGAAAUAUCUGAAAUUAGUCCUACCAGUAAGUUUGCAAUGACUAAAAAUUCAUUCUUGCAAUCGGAAUUUGAUUUCACGGAACUGAUGAAGCUCGGCAUCAGACCAGAGGCCCCGGAUUGGCCAGAACGUAAGGCUGUUAUGUGGGCGACUCUUGAACAUAAGGCUAAUAGCUUUGAUCUUCCUCUUUCUCUAAGGAUGGUAAAGAAGAAACUACAAUUGGAAAAGGCCUUUACAUAUUCUCAAGAUUCAGUUUGUUGCUCGAUGGAAAAAGCAUUUGCUUCAAUGGUUUUCAUUAUAGUCGAGCUUCAAAGUUAUGCAUUACAGAUGAGAGAAGCGUCGUGCCAUGAAGAUCUAGAGAUUAUUAUAGCUAGAGUACAGAAGGAAAUGCAUUCGACAUUUGUUUGGCUUUUUCAGCAAGUGUUUUCAAGAACUCCGGCAUUGAUGAUAUAUGUGAUGAUCCUUUUAGCAAAUUUUAGCGUAUAUUCUGCGUGCCACAACGUUUUUAUUACAGAAGUCUCCUUACUAGGAUCAUCAUCUGUAGAAUCAACUUUGGUUUUAGACAGUGGAGUUUCAGGGAGCAUGGGUGAGAACGAGCAAAAGAGCAAUCCAUCAAAUAUGAGUCGACAUCUAGAAGUUCUUCACGAAGAACAUUUGCAGGUAGAUGAUCAAGUUUUGAGAAGUAAGGAGGAGUUGAAUUUGUGGACCUCAGUGGUGGAAGAAGCAACAAAGAUUCAAGCAGGUUUGAGAAAUGUGAUUCUUGAUCGUGAGAUGAUGCAACAGUUUGUUUCCCCGGUAUCUGUUGAGCUAGAACCCGAUGACUACGAGGAUUAUCUUAGGACUGAUCUACUAUACCAGAUUGCCUUGUCUCAGGAGCCUAAUAACCCACUUUUACUCUGCAAUUAUGCACAGUUUCUGCAUCGUGUUACCCGCGAUUAUGAUAGGGCAGAACGGUGCUUCAAGCAGGCGGUACAAGUGGAACCACCAGAUGCAGAAUCCUUGAGCCAGUAUGCCACCUUUCUAUGGAAAGUUAGGCAGGACUUUUGGGCAGCAGAAGAAAGAUAUUUACAAGCCCUGGCUGUCGAACCUGACAAUUCUCACUAUGCUUCUAAAUACGCCAAUUUCUUAUGGAACACUGGCGGGGAUGAGACAUGUUUUCCCCUCGACAAUUCCCAACCGAGUAGCUCAACCUCGAACUUCUAG